AUGUAUCCUCGUCUCCUAUUUCCCGUGGCUACGCUCGUUGUCAGCCUUUUCAGCGGACUGGGAGAUGCGAUUGCCGCCAACCCUCUUCCAGCGCCCCAGAACAUCACAUGGGGCACGUCGGGACCAAAGCCGUUGGCCGGUUACCUGGUGCUGAAUUCGCCGUACAAUCAGGUCAUCAAUGAUGCGUGGACACGAACGUGGAACACCAUCAGCACGCUGAAAUGGACUCCCGUGGCGAUUGAAGCCCCGAUAAGUAGUUUCGCGCCUUUUCCAACUGCAACACCAUCGUCUAGGGUGAAAAGAUGGAAUUCAAUCCUCAUUGAAAUUGACCUCACCAUUGUCGACACCGAAGCUGAUCUGCAGCAAGGAGUGGACGAAUCGUACACCAUCGACAUAACCCAAGCCUCUCAAUCGGUCAACAUCACCGCCCAGACGGUCUGGGGCGCUCUUAAUGCCUUUACUACUCUCCAGCAGAUCAUCAUUUCCGACGGCCAAGGAGGACUUUUGAUUGAGCAACCAGUUUCGAUAGUCGACCACCCAAACUACCCGUACCGCGGAGUCAUGAUUGACACGGGACGAAACUACAUCAGCGUUCCCAAAAUCUACGAGCAGAUCGACGGCAUGGCUCUCUCGAAGUUGAACGUGCUCCACUGGCAUCUGGUCGACGCUCAGUCAUGGCCGAUUCAGAUGACGAGCUAUCCCCAGAUGACCCAAGGCGCCUAUUCGCCCCAGAUGGUCUACUCGCAAGACGACGUUAGGUCAGUCAUCGCGUACGCGCGAGCUCGGGGCGUUCGAGUCAUUCCCGAAAUCGACAUGCCUGGCCACGCGUCGUCCGGCUGGACGGAGGUUGAUCCAAGCAUCGUCGCGUGCGCGAACUCCUGGUGGUCCAACGACGUCUGGGCGUACCACACAGCGGUGGAGCCGAACCCAGGACAGCUCGACAUCCUCAACAACAAGACGUACGAAGUCAUCAAGAGCAUCUACGCCGAGCUCUCGGGCUUGUUUACCGACAACAUCUUCCACGUUGGCGCGGACGAGAUCCAAACGGGCUGCUACAAUUUCAGCACGCUGGUCCAGCAAUACUUUGCCCAAAACUCGUCGCGGGAUUUCAACGAUCUUCUCCAGAUCUGGGUCGAUACGGCCGUACCGAUCUUCAACUCGGUGUCCAACAAGACGCUGAUGAUGUGGGAGGAUGUGGUGCUCAACUCGUACCCGCACGCGCACAGCGUGCCCACCAACAUCAUCAUGCAGGCGUGGAACAACGGGCUGGAGAACAUCCAGAACCUGACGGCGCUGGGGUACGACGUGGUGGUGUCGUCGUCGGACUUUUUCUACCUGGACUGCGGGUUCGGCGGCUGGGUGACCAACGACCCGCGGUACAACGAGAUGGCCAACCCCAACGCGUCGGUGCCGACCUUCAACUACGGCGGCGGGGGCGGCUCGUGGUGUGCGCCCUACAAGACCUGGCAACGCAUCUACGACUACGACUUCACUCUGAACCUGACCGACGCACAGAAGGCCCACGUGCUCGGCACCGAAGUGCCUCUGUGGUCCGAGCAGGUCGACGACACCGUGGUCUCGUCCAAGAUGUGGCCCCGCGCCGCCGCCGCCGCCGAGCUCGCCUGGUCCGGCAACCGGGACCCCGUCACGGGGAUCAAGCGCACCACCCAGAUGACCCAGCGCAUCCUGAACUUCCGCGAGUACCUCGUCGCCAACGGCGUCCAGGCCACGCCCCUCGUCCCCAAGUACUGUCUCCAGCACCCGCACGCCUGUGACCUGUACUACAACCAGACGGUGCUGGCUGACUAUGCCACGACACAAUGA